AUGCGCUUCAUCAACACCCUGGCCCUCCUGGCCGCCACUGCCACCGCGCUCCCCGUCGCACUCCCCGGUAACCCCGAGGUUGUCAUCUGGGAAACCGUCUACGAGACCGUCUAUGAGACCGCCUUCAGCACGCCCACUGCCGCCGUCGUUCCCAACGUGAACAUCGCCAUUCCUUCAACCGCCGAGGCUGUCCCCACCACCUCCAGCGCCGUCACUCCCAUUCCCACCACCACUUCCGUCCCAACUCCCGUUGUGCCCACCACCACCGCCGUGCCCACCACCAGCGCCGCCCCCGUCUCAAGCAGCAGCGACAUCUGGACCAGCACCACCCUCGCCAUCCCCAGCACCACCUCCAGCGGCGCUACCGCCACCGGCUCCGGCAUCGCCAUCAAGAACAACCUCCCCACUGACGUCUACCUCUGGGUUGUCACCGAGACCGAGGGUGAGAUGCAGACUCUCGCCUCUGGCGAGACCUUCACCGACACCUGGUUGACCAACUCCAACGGCGGCGGUAUCUCCAUCAAGAUGUCCACCACCGAGGUCUGCGAUUCCGUCCUGCAAUUCGAGUACACUCAGUCCGGCGAGGUCCUCUUCUGGGAUCUGUCUUCGAUCAACCUCCUGAAGGACUCUGCUAUCGUUGCCGCUGGAUUCGGUGUUACCAUUAGCGACGAGUCUUGCACUACUGCCACCUGUGCCGCUGGUGAUGCCAACUGUAUCGAGUCGUACCAGCACCCCGAUGAUGUCAACACCCUGGCUUGCAAAGUUGAUGCUGCCUACACUCUCACUUUGGGUUAA